AGCUCGAAGUGAGACGGGUAGCGAGCUUUCUGAGGGAUCGACGAGUUAUGAGGUCAACCUAGAGAACGACUUUGUGAGCGAGAGCGUGCGAGAGAGGUCAUUCAUGGAACCCCUAGAAGGUGGACUGAAUCCGAAGCGCAAAAUGACGUCUGAUGAUUUCGACUCCCUUCGGUGCCUUGGCAAAGGAACCUAUGGCACAGUUGUGCUGGUGAAGCAGCGCUCAACAGGAAGGCUCUACGCCCAGAAACAGUUCAAGAAAGCAUCUCUGGUCGUCCACAAGAAGCUGGUUGAGCAAACCAAGACUGAGCGACAGAUUUUGGAAUCCGUGAACCGUCACCCCUUUGUCGUGAAGCUCUUUUAUGCCUUCCAGGACCAGGAGAAGCUGUAUCUUAUUCUUGAAUACGGCCAGGGAGGAGAGCUGUUCACUCAUCUCAAUACAGAGAAGAUGUUUUCCGAGUCAGUGGCAGCCUUUUACAUGGCAGAGAUGCUUCUGGCUAUUUCCCAUCUCCACCAAACUCUCGGUGUGAUAUACCGCGAUCUCAAGCCCGAAAAUUGCCUUCUUGAUGCAGAUGGGCAUCUUUUGUUGACUGACUUUGGACUGUCAAAGGUUGCAGUCGACCAAUCUGAAGACAGUUGCAAUUCCAUCUUGGGCACUGUUGAAUACAUGGCCCCCGAGGUGAUCCAGGGAAAGAAAUAUGGCAAAGCCGCGGAUUGGUGGUCAUUUGGGGCUCUCGCAUACGACUUGAUGACGGGUAACCCGCCCUUCCGGGGAGGAAACCAUGCCAAGAUCCAGGAGAACAUUAUCAAGCAGAAGCUCGUACUGCCUUAUUACCUCAGCAUGGAUGCCAAAGAUAUCCUCACUAGGCUCCUAAGGAAAGACCCGGGUAAACGAUUGGGUGCUGUGAUGCCCAAGGACUUGCAGACAUUGAAGAACCACAGAUUCUUCCGCAAGAUUGAUUGGAAGAAGCUGGCAGCACGAGAGGUGGAACCACCCAUCCAGCCUAUGAUCACAGACCCUGAACUGGCAGAGAAUUUUGCACCCGAGUUCACUGAACUUUCCCUGAGCCCUACAGUGACCUCGAGAGACUUUUGGCCCGGCAGCCCAACCAAGGAUGAUAUGUUUGGUGGAUUCAGCUUUGUGGCCUCGUCGAGCUUGCUCGAGAGCGGAGGCUAUCUGACAAGUCGUUCAUAGAUUAGAGACUGUGCUGUAGAAACACAGCAAUAGUGAGCAACGAGAACGGCAUUUGGACAGGCGUUCAUCGAUGGGACCUAUGUGGAAUCAGGAUAGAUAACGUUGUCUUCAUACAUACAUGUACACCGGCGGAGAAGUUUAGAAACGAGAGGCAGCUGGUUAUAGUUAGAGUUUAGACAGACUAAUAGAGCUUGUUGACAGCUAUUA